AUGGUGAGAGUCUCAGGAGGUGAAUUCUAUAAAGAUAUUCUAGAAAGAAUAGGUUUGGUGACACAAAGGGUUUUGUCUAUAAUAGACGUAAAUGGAGGGGAUGAAUCGAGAAAAUCAGUUAUGAGUUUGGGCAGAAAGAUAGGUAAGAAUGGGUGUGCAUCUGCUGAUUUAACUAGGUGUAAGCGGCCGAAAAUAUAUGCUAUUCGUGAUUUUCCAAUAGGUUGUGGUCCUCCCAAAAGAUUUUGCACUGACACAUGUCGCAGCAUAAAUCUUUUGGAGGUGCCAGUUAAAGGACAUGAUUCAAAUCCCGAAGGGAGGUUAGUGGAUUCUUGUGAUGAGAAGGUAGAGGUUGAAUCAGUACGAAAGGUUAGACUGGGAGAAACAAAGGUUUUGGAUGAUGCUGGAUUGGUCAACCAAUCAAAAACUUCAGAUGAUGAAAGUACUGACUUUCAGAAGAAAGCCAUGGUUCGAAAAGCAAAAUGCUAUCCAUGUCGGAGAAGAAUUUCUGCUGUUCGAUGCUUCCCUCUGGGUUGUGGUAUAGAGGCUGCACGGAUUAAUACAGAAGUUGUCCCAGAAUCUGCUGCUAUGAAAACCAAUGGUUUAAGUCACAAGAUACCUGGUCUUGAAAUGGCACUGUUCAAAAUGAAAGGAGAGGCAACUGAGAGACAUGAACACCAAAAGAAUGCCGCAAGUGUUUGUGACAGGAACAUGUUUCAAUCAGAAAUUGAAUGCUGGAGGAUUAAUAGGGAGAAACAGAGUGAGAAUGGCAUGGACGAAUGUUCUGAUGGGAAACUCUCAGGCCAGCAUCAUAGGGUUAAUCAACUUCUAGAAAGAGUUCCUAGUGGUCUUGAACGUCCAGCUAGGGUGAUAGUGCACGCACUAAUGGCACCAUCUAAGUGUACAUGGACAAGAAGGACAACAGCAUUCACAGCGAAUACUAAGGGAAGGAGGUAUGCACCGUUGAAUGUUGAACCGCUAAAAUCAGAUUCUCUCAUAUCAGCAGCUGUGAAAUUGGCUCUUCUGCAUCGGCCAUUUGGGUUGGCUAAUUAA